UGUACAUAUUGUACAAUGUACAUAAAGUAUUGCUGAAUUUCCCUUGUGAGCAGGCAAAAACUACAAGUAUUAUUAUUUAAAAGUUUUCGAUAAAAAUGCCCAUAGGCAAAUUGCCUCUUCCCCUACCGCCAAAGCCGUUUGCAGGCGACAUGUGCGGGCAGGACAGCACGAUUGACUCACGAAUGUCUAAUAGUGGCAUCGGCGGAAUACCCAAAAUGGAGCUACUAAAAGUUAACCAUGUGCAUAAGUGCAAGCAGGCUAUAAUGCACAAGUCGAAUCAGUCCCCACAGGCUCUCAGGCUGAACAAUCCCGCCCGAUUUGGUGGAUACCGCAGACAACCACCCCAAUCAAGUACCGAAGCUGAGAUGAGCAUGUCAGGACGACAGCACUGCUUCUCACCCAAGAUUGUGCCGGAUCCAAAGCCUUCUUUACCACCACCUACAAUAGAGUCGUGGCAGUUGCUCUUGCAACAGAAGCGCACAUCUCUGCCCAGGGUCCAUUCUCAGAAUGGAUUCGCCACUCUGCCGAAUGAAUUGGAAUGUGCUCUGUCGCAGUGUUGCACUAAUUCUUCCUGCUCAUGUGAUAAGUCGCAUUCUGACACAACAGAGACCAACACCGGUGUAGAUGACUGUAAGAAAUCGCAGAACUGGAAGUACCACAGGAAUAAACGUGACUUCCAGCGCGCGGCUGUAGGCAUAAAAUCACGGGCAGAUCGUAUCGCGCGCAUCGAAAACAGAGAGGGCGAUACGCGUCUACAAUCGAGGCUCCGAAUCCCGAACACGUUAACUAAUUGCGAUGUAAAGAACACUGCACCAACAUGGAUGUUUCAGAAAACAGAUGGCGCGAGUGGAAGCAGUUCACAAUUGGCAACAGAGCAGGAGUCUCACCGCAUUCAGCAAAAAGUCGAGUUGGAACGUGUUCACAUUCGAAAGAAGCGGCAGCCACUGCUUAUCGUUAACCACUUAGAGGUUAAAAAACCACAGAGUGGCUACAAAAUACAGGUUUCGAACAGCAAUUCUGAACUUUCAACAUGCAGCUUUGCGUACUGUUCCCUCUCCCGGCAUGGUAGGUGUCGAGAUAAUAUAACUGUUAAUGGAGAGAAGCGUUUUUCUAUCGAGAGCUGCUCUGACUCUGGUGUAUCUUUCUCUAAUGACAAUAGCCAGGAACGGAGUAAGCAAACGAACAACCGCCAGAAUGGAGAGUGUGUGGGCUGCAAAAAGGGUCUUGAAAAGCAAAGCCAGAUCAAGAAAUUCGAUGAAACAACUGCUCCUACUCAGAUGAAAUCGGCUGCUGAUCACAACGAUGUACAAAACUUUGCCAACAAGAAUCUCACUAAGGUCACUACCAACGAGCUGCUAAAAGCUGCCGCAGUUCAUGCAAAGCAAUGCAAUAUCGAAAAACAACGCAACAUUAACGGUCUUAAUGUAAAGGAAGCGGACACUAAGUCCACAAUCGUAGCUAUCGACGACAGCUGGGUCCGAGAGUCCAGCAUAGAUCCCUAUGAUAACUACAUGGAAACCGAGGCUCGAACGUUUUCGAAAUCUGCCGGCUUUUUAAACCACUCAUUUUUCAAACCAGACACUAUAGACAACUUAAAAACGAUUGUAAACAACAACAGCAAUGGUGAGAAGUUUAAGGAAACGCCCAGAAGCCAUUCUGUGGCCCUGUCAUCAAGCAUCUCAACGUCUUCGUCUGGUUGCGGCGAGGAAUGCUAUCUUGACAUUAGCUCACAGUGUGACUCAGAACAGGAUUGUUGCCAAUGCAACCCCUCAAAAUCGGCGAACAUCCUUUCGAAAGACUGCUGCAAUGCCGUCGGCGGCGUUUUCUGGAACAGUGCAUAUAACGAAUCUUCGACGGACGUUGCGGCUAGCUGUUGCUGCAGUAUAUCCAGCUGCGACGAAGAUGACUGCUCCUACUACGAUGGGGAUUCCAGCAACAACAUAGCAUGCUUGCAAACUUGGCGCGGGGGCCAACUGACAUACACUUCCAAAGAGCUUAUACGAAACAAAAAAUUACUGCUUAAGACUGAUGCAAUCCAUGAUUUAAGGCCUACAUCUAUCGAUGGUGCAACGGACUCUGGGAUCUCGUUAACCAGCAACUCGAACCCAGACAGCGUCGAGCACGUACAAAAUCAACAGGACGUGGAGGCCCGACGCCUAAAACGUGGUCAUGUUCUAACGGAGCUUUUAGAGACGGAACGCAUCUACGUAACCGAAAUGAGCUCGAUUCUUAAGGGCUAUUAUGAUCGGAUAAAAUCAGAAGAUCUUUUGCAUCUUGCCCCCCCGAGUCUAAAUGGGAAGGAGGAUAUCUUGUUUGGCAACCUACACGAACUCUACACCUUUCACAACGAUGUCUUUCUUAAAGACCUGGAAAACUGUAUAUCAACCACUGAGCUUGUGGCGCUUUGCUUUGUUCAACGGCGAGAUACUUUUUACCGGCUGUAUUCAUUUUAUUGUCAAAACAUCCCAAGAUCAGAGCGGUUGCGCGAAACCCUUGUGGACACGCACCUAUUUCUACAAGAGUGUCAAAUGCAACUGGGUCAUAAGCUCCCGCUAGCGGCGUAUUUGCUAAAGCCAGUACAAAGGAUCACCAAGUACCAACUUCUUCUGAAAGAUUUGCUCCGCUUCAGCGACAGUGGCAGCUGCACCAAGGAACUUCAGAAGGCGCUAGAUUGCAUGUUGAUCGUACUGAAGAGCGUCAACGACUCCAUGCAUCAAGUAGCUAUAACUGGUUUUCCGACCGAUCUAUCCCAACAGGGCGAACUACUUCUUCAGGAUUCUUUCCAGGUUUGGACAGAAUCAAAAAAGGACAUUCGUCUUCGCAUCAAGCCCCAGCAGCGUCACAUAUUUCUUUACCAAAAAUCCAUGUUGUUCUGUAAACAAACCUCAAAGUCUGGUCAUAACAAAAGCACCUACCAGUUCAAACACCACGUAAAGAUGUCUCAAAUCGGGUUGACUGAAUCUGUUCGGGGCGAUACCAAACGUUUUGAAGUUUGGCUUCAGGGUCGACAGGAGGUACAUACUCUGCAGGCACCGACGGUCGAUUUAAAGAACAAGUGGGUGGCAGAGAUCAAACGUGUUUUACUCAACCAGCUAGAGGAAUUAAAAGGCGAAAAAAUUAAGCAGUACAGCCUUAACCACCGUGGCUUCAGGCAUACAACUUCUUGGGACACCCCUAACAUUAUUCUUGCGAACACGAUAAGCUGUGACGCCACUUCAGAGUCUUCCAACCGAAACUCAAACUGCAGCAGCGACGAUAACGCUGGAGCUACUUUCGUCAACUCUCUUAGCUGCGCUGCUGACAAAGAGCAGCAGGAAGUUUGUGGAUGGAGCUCCGACUGCUCGAAUAGCGAGGACGAAUUGUCUUUGGUCGAAGAUAAUAGCACCCCGGGCAGUAAAUUCAUUGCCCUGGCUGACUAUACUGCUAUGGGACACUCGGAAGUUUCGAUGCGUGAAGGUGAAACUGUCGAGCUGCUUAAGGUGGGCUGUGCCGGAUGGUGGUAUGUUCGAAUCUUAGAUGCCAAUUCAGAAGGCUGGACCCCAGCCGCGUAUCUGGAAUCAAUCAAUCGAAAAUCUUCACGAUCAUCGAGUCGCAAUCAGGAGCGAAUAAAUUUUGGAUAAUUUAAUAUUCCUUUCUACUAGCACAAUGCUUUUUAGUCGUUUUGCUUUAGCCAAAACCAGAUUCAUCGUGUUCUAUAGAUGCAAGAAUUUUUGUUUCCGAGGCACGUAACAAAUUUUUGUAGUUAUACGAGAACACAGCUAAUCUCAUUUUACCAAUAUAACAGAACCUUCCAAUAUUUUGGUGCCGCCUAUUUAUUAUUUUCGUUAAAUAUAACAGGACGAGUAUACAUAUUUACAUAUAUAAAUAUUUAUAUCUGUUCAAAAUCCCUGCGG